AGAGGUUUAAUAUCUGGGUGAAUGUUGGGGACCCCACCCGUCCUGAGUCAGAGGACAAGGGAGAGGAACUGAUGCUCUUUUUGUGUGAUUUCUGAGUGAAGAUGAAUUUAGCAGAGAUUUGCGAUAAUGCCAAAAAAGGAAGAGAAUAUGCACUCCUUGGGAAUUAUGACUCUUCUAUGGUAUAUUACCAGGGUGUCAUCCAGCAAAUCCAGAGACACUGUCAGUCGAUCAGGGAUCCAGCAAUUAAGGGCAAAUGGCAACAGGUCCGACAAGAAUUAGUUGAAGAAUAUGAACAAGUGAAGAGCAUUGUCAACACUUUAGAGAGUUUUAAAAUGGACAGACCUGCAGAUAUCCCUGUAUCCUGUCAAGAUGAGCCUUUUAGAGAUCCCGCUGUUUGGCCCCCUCCUGUUCCAGCUGAACACAGGGCUCCACCUCAGAUAAAACGUCCCAACCGAGAAGUAAAACCUUUGAGGAAGGAAUCACCAGGACUGCAGCCCCGUGGGCCUGCGGGCAGAGCACACGCCGUGUCCAAGGGUGAGAAGUCUGCAGGCAGCCGCGAAAGGGAAUCUAGAGCUAGAGGAAGAGACGACAAGGUNAAGAAAAUACCCCAGGAAGUUGGUGAUGGGGAAAUUCCAAAAUUUGAUGGAGCAGGUUACGACAAAGACUUGAUCGAAGCUCUUGAAAGGGACAUUGUAUCAAGGAAUCCAAGCAUUCAUUGGGAUGACAUAGCGGAUUUGGAAGAAGCCAAGAAAUUAUUAAGAGAAGCUGUCGUUCUUCCAAUGUGGAUGCCUGAUUUUUUCAAAGGGAUCAGAAGACCUUGGAAGGGCGUGCUGAUGGUUGGUCCUCCUGGUACUGGCAAAACAAUGCUAGCAAAAGCUGUUGCUACAGAAUGUGGAACAACAUUCUUCAAUGUGUCUUCCUCUACCCUGACAUCUAAAUACAGAGGCGAGUCUGAGAAGCUGGUCCGCCUCUUGUUUGAAAUGGCGAGGUUUUAUGCUCCAACAACAAUCUUCAUUGAUGAGAUAGAUUCCAUCUGCAGCCGCAGAGGCACGUCCGACGAACACGAGGCGAGUCGCAGAGUCAAGUCAGAGCUGCUUGUGCAAAUGGACGGGGUAGGUGGUGCUCUGGAAAAUGAUGACCCUUCCAAGAUGGUUAUGGUAUUAGCAGCUACAAAUUUUCCCUGGGAUAUCGAUGAAGCUCUCCGACGGAGGCUGGAGAAGAGGAUUUAUAUACCUUUGCCCACAGCAAAAGGCAGAGCAGAACUACUUAAAAUUAAUCUUCGGGAAGUAGAACUGGAUCCUGAUAUCAGCCUUGAAGAAAUUGCUGAGAAGAUUGAAGGCUAUUCUGGUGCUGACAUCACUAAUGUUUGCAGGGAUGCCUCUCUAAUGGCAAUGAGACGACGUAUUAACGGUUUAACUCCAGAAGAGAUUCGUGCACUUUCUAAAGAGGAGCUUCAGAUGCCGGUUACCAAGGGGGACUUUGAGCUGGCUCUGAAGAAAAUCUCCAAAUCCGUUUCUGCUGCAGACCUGGAGAAGUAUGAAAAAUGGAUGGUGGAGUUUGGAUCUGCUUAAUCUCAGUGACAGCUCUCCUUUGCUAGAGUUUUAUGGCUUUUGUUGUUUUCAUUUGCAAAAUGAGUUAGAAAUCUUUUUAAAGGUUUAAUAAAAGGUCUGCUGCUGCUCCCAUCCCACCCCCUUCGGGUGACAAGAUCUUUUGCCUUUAAAGGGAAUGAACACAAUAAUGAGCUGAUACUGUAAAAUAUAUUUUAUCUCUAAAGAAGUAAGAUAAGACAAAAAGGGAAGGGAAAAAAUAUACUGUGAGGAUAAUCUUUUACUUUUCCAAUGAAGAACAGUGUUACUUAACCUCCUCAUCGUCAUCUUUCAUGGCUGGAAUCAAUCAAUCAGCUGGGGGAUGUGACUCCAGAGGAGCUAACGAGGGCUCGCUGUACCCCCUGCCCUUAUGUGCUUCAUUUCUGUUGAGCUGCUGACUCUGCCUCCCUUGAGCAUGGCAUCACAGUUACUGUUCUCUCUCUCUCUGCUCGGAUAUUCAGAGCAAAGCCUGUGGAUUAAUUGGCAUUACACAGAGGAAACGAGGAUCAGUUUUCCAUCAAGACAUGGGCUCAGCUCUUCUCUCAUGUGCACCCAUUUGGGAAUCGGUGUCACUUUAGACUGGAUUGAUGUUACCUGUGAUGAUUUCUGAUGGAAAUGAGACGAAAAGUAAAGGGCCUUGGUUGCUCACAGAUUGGUUUAUGUUUGAUCUCUAAAACUUAGUUUGUAGCAGUUUGACCAGUAGACACUUUGACUUAAAUUACAUUUUGCACUUUUAUGUUUAUGUAUUAUCCUAUACUUUGUCUGUGCUGUCUAGAUAUUAUUGUUUUUAUUUAAGUACCAAGAGUUUAAUACAGUAAAGGUACUAAUAUCAAGGCUGUCUUUAAAACACAUAGCUGUGGACCUCCACUUCUUCUGAUUAGACAUGAACUCUUUCCUAGCUUUACUAGGCAGUGGAAUUUGCACCUGUUUAUGUUGUGGAACUGUUUGUGCGUAAUAUUUUUUUAAUGAAGAUUUGUUAAAAAUGUAUAAAUGUUAUUGAUUUAAUCUGUACAAUUUCAUUUAUGUUCUUAUCUGUUUCUUCCCUUCCCACAUACAGGUGCAGGGAUGAGAAUGGUUGGGUUAUAAACUCUAUCAUGAGAAAUCCUCUCUAGAG